AUGUGUGGUAUCAUUGCGCUGAUCCAAGCGAACCCCUCAUCUGCGGCCGCCGUAGAUCUGCACGAGGCUCUUUACCUUCUCCAACAUCGUGGUCAGGAUGCAGCCGGUAUUGCAACAUGUGCCUCUGGGGGUCGGAUCUACCAACUCAAGGCCAAUGGCAUGGCUGCCAAGGUCUUCCAGGAAGGUGCUAAGGUGACCAACCUGCCCGGCUCCAUGGGUAUUGGCCACCUGCGGUAUCCCACCGCAGGAUCCAGUGCCAACGCCGAGGCCCAGCCGUUCUACGUGAACAGCCCCUACGGUAUCUGCUUUGCACACAACGGUAACUUGAUCAAUGCCGGGGAUCUCAAGAAGCACCUUGACCUUGAAGCCCACCGUCAUAUCAACACGGACAGUGACAGUGAGCUGAUGCUCAACGUCUUCGCUGAUGAGCUGAGCGAGACUAAGAAGGCCCGUGUCAACCACGAGGACCUCUUUGCCAGUUUGAGUCGCAUGUACAAACGUUGCGAGGGUGGGUGGGCCUGCACUGCUAUGCUUGCUGGCUUUGGUAUCUUGGGUUUCCGUGACUCGUACGGUAUCCGCCCCCUCAUUCUGGGCUCUCGUCAGUCCGUGGAUGGACCUGGAAUGGACUACAUGAUGUCUUCUGAAUCAGUCGCUCUGGACCAGCUGGGUUUCAGCAACCACCGUGACAUUCAGCCUGGCGAGGCGGUCAUCAUCGCCAAGGGUGGUGAACCGGUCUUCCGCCAAGUCGCCCCCAAGAAGGCCUACGCCCCGGACAUCUUCGAGUAUGUCUACUUUGCUCGCCCUGACUCUGUCAUGGAUGGCAUCAGUGUGUACCGUAGCCGGCAACGCAUGGGUGACCGUCUCGGUGCACGGAUCCUGGAUGUCCUGGGUCCCGAGGUUGUCAAGGACAUUGACGUGGUCAUCCCCAUUCCUGAAACGGCGACUGUGUCCGCGACCAAUGUUGCACUAUACCUCAACAAGCCUUACUGCCACGGUUUCGUCAAGAACCGUUAUGUCUUCCGCACUUUUAUCAUGCCGGAGCAAAAGACACGGCAAAGGGGUGUCCGCCGUAAGCUCAAUGCCAUGAAGGCUGAGUUCAAGGACCGCAACGUCCUUUUGGUUGAUGACAGUAUUGUUCGUGGUACUACUAGUCGUGAAAUUGUCAACAUGGCCCGGGAAGCCGGCGCCAAGAAGGUCUAUCUUGCCAGCUGCGCACCAGAGAUCACACAUGCUCACAUAUACGGUAUUGAUCUUGCCUCUCCUCAAGAGUUGGUUGCGCACAAUCGGAACUCGGAGGCCAUCGCCAAGCACAUUGGCGCAGAGGCGGUUGUCUUCCAAACUCUGCCUGAUCUCAAGGACGCCUGUGCCGAGGUUGCCCGUGAGAAUGGCCAGCAAGAGCCCACAAACUUCGAGGUCGGUGUGUUCUGCGGUAGCUACGUUACCCCCGUUUCAUCCGGUUACUUCGAACAUCUGGAGUCCGUCCGUGGCGAAGGUCGCAAGGUCAAGGCUCUUGACAAGGCCAAGGAGGCUGUCGCUAAUGGCUUUGCCAAUAUGACCGACUUCCAGAUUGCUGCCCAUGGAGUCGCCAUGGACACCAAUGGCAAGAUCAUCCCUGCCACAGAUAACGAGUCAGCAUCUAGUGCCGCCAAACAGACCGAGCACGCCGAAGACCAAACAAACCCGAAGGUCUCGGACCGCAUGGACAUUAGCAUCCACAACCAGGCUGAUCACGAGGCAUGA